AGUCUCGCUAUUGUUCUCUAACAAAGUUCCGGUUGUUGUGUAGAGACGGUCUUCAUAUUACGUUACACUCCAUCAAUGAAACACGAAACGUUACGUCAGAACAAGACAGAGAUUUAUAGCUGCUUUUGUAAUACUUUUAUAGACCUUACUUUUUCUUUUCUUUCCAGAACCGUGCCGAUCAUAAUGGCUUUAAUGGAAGCGGACUAAAAAAAUAUGGAACGGCAUUCGGAGUCCUUGCAAGAAAAGUUACACCACGGAGAUUUACAGAUACAUGUAGCCGAUUCAAUUGUUUAUAAUACGAGCAUGGUGCACGGCGAUCACAAUAACAGCGAAAUGGCAGUGAAUAUCUCUGGAGUGAACCUCGGUGGUCAGACAACGCCAUUUGAUAUGUAUGAUGAACCCCCACCUCAAUUUGAUGAUAUCAGUAUGACCAAAUCUGUUGUGUUUGGAACGAUGUUUGUGAUUUCAUUUUUUGGGAAUACUGCAACAUUGAUACAGAUGUAUCGUAUGCGACAUCGGAAAUCAACAAUUAAUACACUAAUUGUUAAUCUGGCCAUCGCUGAUCUUCUUAUCACGUUUUUCUGUUUGUCCGGUGAAGGAAUAUGGGCAGCCACCGUUCAGUGGUAUGGAGGAGUAGCUAUGUGUAAAAUCGUCAAAUAUGUUCAAGUUUUUUCUCUAUACCUCUCCACUUAUAUUACUGUGGCUAUAGGUUUGGAUCGUUGUGUUGCUAUUUUGGAUCCUAUGAGGAGGAAAAGUGCCCCAACACGAGUUCGGACUAUGAUUAUUCUUGCCUGGUUUUUCAGUGCCUUAUUCAGCAUUCCUCAGGCUGUUAUAUUUAACGUUAGACGAGGUCCAUUUAAACAGGAAUUCUACCAGUGUGUUACGAUGGGGUCUUACGCUAAAAUGUGGCAAAGACAGGUGUACUCCAUAUCAUCUCUGCUAUUAAUGUUUAUGAUACCGCUCGUGAUUAUAGGUACAGCUUAUGGGCUUAUUUUUAGUACGAUAUCAAGAAAAUCUAAAGAAUUCACUGUGAGAGACGGUUAUGGUUGUUACCAUUAUAGAACAAAAUCAUCUCAAGAUUCCGUGAAAAAAUAUAUGUGUAUAACAGCCAGUGACGAUAAAUCUACUACCACAGAUACUAAAAAAGUGGUUACAGUGACCCAGGCCUUCAAGCAAAACACAACAAACAAACAAAGCAAAAAAUCAGGUGAGAGAAAUGGACGAACGACGAGUUAUAAUGAGAUACCACGUAGUAAUCUUUUACGAAAAGCAAAAAGGAAGUCACUACGCAUGUCUAUUGUUAUCGUCCUCGUUUUCAUCAUCUGCUGGACGCCAUAUUACGUCAUUUUCAUCUGUCUCACGUUUUCUGAUCGAGAAGAAAUUCAUCCGGAGAUUUACACGUUUUUAAUGUGCUUCUUCUUCGUGGGAAUGAGCAAUGCCAUGUUGAAUCCACUCAUAUAUGGAGCCUUCCAGAUUUGCAAGGUGCAUACACCCAGGCUUUGGAGAAGAAGCGGGUCGCCAAAAUCCUCAAUAAACCUCCCGGAGCACGACUUCCACGGGAGAGAUUCGAACUGCAGCAAAGACAUACCUGCUAGUUCCUUACAGGCUCACAGUUCUAAGAAAAGACUCAUCGGUUCAUGUCAUUGUGAUUUGUGCGUUUACGGACGCUCCUCGCUGAACCGACAGCACCAAAAUAAGACUUGCGUCAACGGCAUUUGUCACGUGACUCCGAGAAGACGAAAACAUGGUGACCUCCGUUCUUGCUGCCUGUUUAACAGUUAUUAGAACCGCGAGGAACACUAUAUACUUGGGUAGAAGCUUCUGUAUACGUUAUGAGUAUAAAUGUGCAUUUCAACAAGAAUAACCUAGGCCCCAUCUGUUCGAGAAACUUUAAAUGUGUUCAUUUACAGAAGAGGUUCCAGCUUUAAACUGUGUUUUUAUUCCAACAAUGAAGAACGGAGGUCCUGAUUUUUCAAUCACGUGCUGCUUUUUACUCGUGCAUAAAGUGUACAUUACUUUGCAUAUAACGUUUAUCAAAACUUGCUAGACUUAUCUAUACAGAAAACGUACUUUAUUAGUUAUGCGAGGUGUUAUGGAGUGUUCUAAAACUAAAAGCAUGUCGUUCGUGUCAAGCAAACUACAUCUAGACAAGUCAAUCGCUAAACAGAUCUUCAAUAAAUGUGUUCAGACUUACGGCACUUCCCUUGGUCUUCAGGAUGAACGGACAAGAUGUUGGAGAGUGUUAACCAUGUUCUGUGUGACACAGAUCUUAAUGAUAAGACACUAAAACUGCUCAAUAUGUAAAUAUGUGCAUAACUCAUAUUAAUUGUUAUAUAUAUUAUAUAUUCGAUCAUUUGAACUGACGGUAUUAGGUUCUAUGUUAAAAGUGCAAUUAGAACCACUGCCGAUCGUGGUGUGAAUUAUUGUACUUUCACUUGUAUAUUACAAGAUUUACAAACACACCAUUCCCUCUGUUACUUGGUCAAACAUGUCAGAAAACGUUUGAAAUGUUUGGCCAUGUUUUCACAUGUUAAGGACGUUUAGUUUAUUUCUCAAUAAAUUGAUAACUUAACCUCAAUACAUCAGGCCAUUCAUAACAGACGACAUCAACCAGCAUGUGAUCAGAACGUAAUGAAUGGUACGUGUUUUGCUCCGCAUUGAUCCACAAGGGGUUAGCAGAUAUUUCAUUCAUUUGGUUGUUAAAUCGAAAACUCCUCUAAGUUGUUCUGUAUAUGUAAAACUGACAAUUAUUCUGUCUGGAAAGCUCGGCUGGAUUCCGUGCUCAUGGCUAGAACAACACGUACACGAUGAAUAACCUCCAAGUAGGUAUUUCAAAAUUGUCAUUUCUAUAAGACAGUAGACUACAAGAGAGUCGCGUUGACAGUUGUAAUUUGUGUUAGUUGCUGAAAACGGAACUUCAUUCGUGCUGCAUCUACUUAUUGGCUUCUGUUUUAUUCUCAUGACACUAGGCUCUGUUCUGGGCAAUAACCUAUUAAAUUCAACAUUAAAUAUACAUUAUCUUAUCAAUUUCGAUGUGUCAAAUUAGAAAGCGAAUGUCAUGUAAUCUUUGAGUGCCAUUUAGCGUCCGGGAAACACAUUAACAGAACACAGUUUUUAUGGGAUACAAUCACUGGUUUAUUCUAAAAGCACGACGUUUCGACAAGUAUCCUCUUAUCGUUAUCAAGCACAAUGCCAUUUAGUAAACUUGGGGUCAAUAUAUAUGAAAUUCAUAGUGAAACCAUGUCAUUGUACUUGAUGACAAUAAUAGGAUACUUGUCAAAACCUCGUAUCCAAUAAAAACUGUGUUCUGUGAGUGAAAUGUAGAUAACAUUAGCUGAACAUCGGGUCCACUCUUCUUUGAAUCCCUUGCUUUUAAAAUCUUCCUAUAAAAUCUGUAUUGUACUGGUGAUAGCUGAUUACUGCUAACAAAGAAUAAUUUUAAUCAGUAGAUAGGUCAGGGUUAUUUGUAAUUGGUCUAUAAAAUGUGCAAGGUGUGCUAUAAAAACACCUACAAAAGCUGCUCAAAUUGUGCAAGGUGAGUUAUAAAAACACCUACAAAAGCUGCUCAAAUUAUUAUUAUCUCAAUAAUAAAUAAAAUAUGAAUCAUUCACUCAUACAUUCUACCUCCACUCAAGUAAUCAACAAUGGCCAACUCCAAACCUAAUAUUCAUCACCAGAUCAUUAAUAAUAAUAUAUAGAGUACAAACAGGGCGAGAAAAUGUGAGGGACACGCAUCUGUUUUCGCAGAUAUGAACUCUAAUUGGAACUAAAUGUAUAUAGUAAGUACAGGGCGAGAAAAUGUAAACAGUAAAUAAAUGGAAUUGCUAUGGGUUUUGAACUCGCACCUGUUUUGGCAGAUAUGAACUCUAAUUAGAAUUAAAUUACAAUUUCAUUGUAGUUUAAUUGUUUUGAUUUUACGCUAACUUGUAAUCUAAAUACUUUCUGCCAUCAGAAAUAUGGUUAAAUAAGUACCAUUCACAUUGUAAAGUUCAAAUAUUUUCAAAAAUAACUACGCGAUAUUUUGUGCUGUAUACAAUUUAUUGGAAGGACAAUAAUUGUCGUUUUCGAGAAAUCGGGCAUCAGAAAAUAAAUCCAUUAGUUGCUACCCACAUACUUGUCAACAGAGAAAGUCACGUGGAUAAUUUUAAUACGUCAUCGUAGACUCGAUUGUCUACCUAGCGAAAAUUAGUGGAUAUUGCAACUGGUUGACGAAAUCUAAAGUAGGGAACUUUGAUCCCAAUUAUUCCAACACGUUUCUCACCUCUCUAUAUUAUAUCUACUUAAAGAGAAUCGGUUUCAGCCGAGUUAUUUUCCCCUGAGUUAGAAAUCGGAAUCAGACCAGUUAUUUGAUAAUCUCGCUUACGAACAUGGACAUAACAGGCCUAAGAUAUUACACUUAGUCAUAGCUCGAUUUUAUUUUUGAAAUAUUUUCCGCGUUACAGGCGCUUGUGGUCGUAAGCGACCCCAUUUAUUAACUCGCAACAGAGAAUAAAUAAUGAUAUACUAUUUAGAAUUUUAUUGUUAUGAUUCAAUUAGUAUUAUAAUAAACUUUUUAGUAUUGAUUUCUAGAACUGAAUUUCAGCUCAACUGAAUGCAUUGAAUAAUGGUUCGGGUAUAAAUAUAUAAAUUAUAGUCUUGAAUAUAAUUUAAUAUAAAAUGUAAAUACACGAAAUUCAUAUUUUUUUCUAAUUUGCAUAAAGCUGUUAUGAUAGAAGACUAGUUGUUGUUUUUGUUAAACUGGAUAAUUUAAAGUGAUAUCGGUGUAUAAAUAUUUGAAUUAUAAUGUCGUAAAUUUAGACAAACGACGCCUUUCAGUGGCAUCUAUUAUACAUAUUAUUCCAUGUUCUUCAUAGUAUAAAUAUAAAUAAUUUAUUUAUGGCUUGAUGAUGUAGGGACUUUAAAACAGAGCAAUUGAAAAAAAGAAGAAAAUUAAAACCAAAAACGAACGCAUAACAAAAAAACAAAAAAAAAAAACGGAAUGCGUAAAUAUAUAAAUAAUUAUAUACGUUAAAUAUUUAAUAAGCAAAAAUAUGUCCUUUAAUACUACCUUCUAGACUAUUGGUUUUUUUUAAAUUACAAAACGGCCUGUAUUUAAUAUUGUGUCGAGGACGAAACUUGUGAUAUUGCCGGAUAACGAAUGGGCUGACUAUCUAAUUUUACAAACUUAAUUGCCAACGGGUAAACCCCUAUGCUUAUUUUUUUGUGAAAAAUAUAAUAUUAUUAAAAUCAAUAAUGCUCAAAUUUUAACGUUCUACAUUUAUUGUACGACCAUCCUUCCUAUCUAAUUCAAGUUAAAUCUGACCAUAAAAACAAAUCCAGCCAUCUGCCUUGAAAAAUAUUUAAUUCCAUGAUCCAUUUGUAUUUAUUGUAUUAUACGGUAGUUAUUGUAUUCAUACGCACAUACGUAUCGUAAAGCAAGAAUUUGUUUGCGCUAUGAAGAUACUGUGAAUGGGUGAAGUGAUUAGGCUAUAUCCGUUGUCCAUAAUAUAUUGGCUACCUAAUUGUCCACUUUACCUAAUAUCCGGACAUGCAAUUACAGCUGAUGUAUCUUAUGUCUACGCGUGAUAAGAAUUAGACUGGAAUAGAGCUGUGCGCAUAAAAUAGAAUCAAAAUAUCUAACCGAUAUUCAGUGGUGGAACCAGGCAUAUGAUUAUGACGAGAUAGAACUUCUAUAUCAGAGCGGCAUGACACAUGCGUGACUUCUGUCAAUCUGAUUACAACACAGAUCCUAUUUCGUUUCGUUUUUUAUAGUUCAAAAUUUCGUAUGACUUCUGUACUACACUAGGAUCUGGAAGAAUUAUUUUAUAACCCGCGUUCUGGAUGAUGUGAGGAAUUAACCAAUGAAUUAACGGUCUGUAACUGCUAGGUUAUGGCGUUAACCAAAUGUCUGACGUCAUAAGACCGCUUGUAUGACCUCUGACACUACCUUCCACUACAGCCGGUCAGAUUUUCAUGUAGUGUUAGCCAUCGAAAGUAUAAAAAACGAAACGAAAUAUAGAUGUGUAUUUUAAUCAGAUUGGGCUUCGGUCCAAUCGCUCUUUAUUAGCAUUGUCAAGAAAGCAAAUCAAAUCCUGCUUUACAAUACACAGAAUUUGAAAUGAUAAUUACAUUUCUGGUGCCAUAUACCCGUGCAUUGGUAUUAUAUAUUUUCAUAUAAAACAAGCCUUAAAAUACAAUAAAAUACAGGUAUUCUUCAAAGUCUCUUACCUAUAUUUUGCUACUGUAAAUAUUGUUUGACAAAUUGACCGGUUUGGGGUUUCAAGCAACUUGAAAAAUCGCUGUAUGGACUUUACAGCGGUUAGAUUAGUUUCUUGAACAAAUAACUUAUUUAAAUAAUUUCGCUCGUUUUUUAUAUAGAUAAAUGUUAUUAUUACUGUAUCAUGUUUCAUGCGUUAUGUUUUGUAAUGUUAAUAUAAUUCAAUCAUUGUGUAUAUUAUUGCAUCAUUGGACGCUUCUUAAUUAAAUUGUUCUGGAAACUG